AUGCUCCUCCUCCUCCGGCAGCGCAUCCUCUCCCAUCUCCUCUCCGCGGCACCAGAUCCUUCCACCUCUCCACUCCUCUCUCUCCACCGCCUCCUCUCCGCCGCCACGCCCGCCAUUUCCCCGAACCCUAGCUUCGCCGUGGAGGACUACCUCGUCGGCACCUGCGGCCUCACCCGAGCCCAGGCACUCAAGGCCUCCGCCAAGCUCUCCCACCUCAGGUCCCCCUCCAAGCCCGAUGCCGUGCUCGCCUUCCUCGCCGGCCUCGGCCUCUCCGGCGCCGACGUGGCCGCCCUCGUCGCCAGGGACCCGCUCUUCCUCUGCGCCGGCGUGGAGAGAACUCUGGACCCCGUCGUCGCUGGGCUGACCGGCCUCGGCCUGUCAAAUGCUGAGACUGCGCGCCUCAUCUCGCUUGCCCCGGACAGUUUCCGCCGCAGAUCCGUCGUCUCCAAGCUAGAGUACUACCUGCCGCUCUUCGGCUCCAUCGACAACUUGCUCCGGCCCCUCAAACACGGCUCCGGCUUCCUCUGCUCCGACCUAGAGAGGGUUGUCAAGCCCAAUGUCAAGCUCCUAGCAGAGUGCGGGCUAGGUGCUUGUGAUAUUGCCAAGCUCUUCAUCCGUGUACCGAGGAUACUUUGUGCCAAACCAGGGCGUGUCGUGACGAUGAUUGCGCGCGCCGAAGAUAUAGGUGUGCCUCGUGGCUCUGGAAUGUUCAGGCAAGCACUGCACGCCGUCUCAUACUUCAGCCAGCACAAGAUCACUGCCAAACUGGACUACUUGAAGAAGACACUUAGGUGGUCAGAUACCGAGGUUGGCAUUGCGGUGUCCAAGGCUCCGGUGUUGCUGACAAGGUCACAUGAUGUGCUGCAGCGUAUGUCAGAGUUCCUUAUCUCUGAGGUGGGGUUGGAGCCGGCCUACAUUGCUCAUCGCCCCGUUAUGCUCACUUACAGCCUGGAGGGCCGGCUCAGGCCCCGCUACUAUGUUGUGAAAUUUCUCAAGGAAAAUGGAUUGCUAGAGCACGGGCGGAGCUACUAUACAUCACUGAUUAGGACUGAGAAGGUUUUCACGGAAAAGUUCAUAUGCCCUCACAAGGAAGCCGCACCACACCUCGCUGAGGACUACGCGGCUGCUUGCAAAGGGGAAGUGCCGGCUAGAUUCAGAUUUACAUGA